AAACAAAGAACAGCGAAACAAACCAAAACAAACUAGGGAGACUAGAGAACAAGAAACUAAACAGAGCUAAGAACAAAAACAGGGAAUAACUAAAGCUAGACAAACAAAACAGAACUGUACAAAACAAGAAUUAUACAAGAAGAUAAACAAAGAACAAGGGACUCGGGCUAAGGCUAUGGAAACACUGAGAACAGAGAAACGCAGAGGGACAGACAACGGGGGACAGUGCAAAGACCGACAGAGGACAAGUAACAGAGGAAGUCUUUUUAACAUAACAGGAAACACACUGGGAGUGGAAACACCUGGGGAAGGGGUGGAGCUACAAAUGAGACAUGAGGUAAUGGAAAAUCACAGGCAGAACACAGGGGCACGGGUCACGUGGGACAACACAGGCACGAGGACAGACAGGAAACAGGGCCAGGCGUGACAGAAACCUCCCCCUAAACGCGCAGCUCCCGAGGCGCGUAAAAACAAACCCCGGGGGCUGGCGGCAGGGAGAGGCCGGGGAAAACAGGAGACCGAACGGGAGACUGGACAGGGAACUGGACAGGAGAUGGAGACAGGACAGGGGACAGAGACUGGACAGGGAACGGACACUGGACGGGGAACUGGACAGGUGACGGAGACUGGACGGGGAACUGGACAGGUGACGGAGACUGGACGGGGAACUGGACAGGUGACGGAGACUGGACGGGGAACUGGACAGGUGACGGAGACUGGACGGGGAACUGGACAGGUGACGGAGACUGGACGGGGAACUGGACAGGUGACGGAGACUGGACGGGGAACUGGACAGGUGACGGAGACUGGACAGGUGACGGAGACUGGACAUGAGACAGAGACUGGACGGGACCGGACAUGGGAACAGGGACUAGAACAUUGACGGGGACGGAAACAAACACAGUAACAGGGACAGGAACAGAGAAACCACCGGGGAAAGGAACUGGAACGAUCACAGAUACAGGGACCAGGACAGGGAGAGACAGGGGGACCAAAAACACAGGUGGGUGCCCAGGACUGGCAAAAGUCUGUGGGGACAGCCUGGGCACAUAACUAGGGGCAUAGUCAGGAGGCCUAGGAGCAGGCCUGGAAAUACGGGGCCUGGGCCCAAACAUAGUUCUGGGAGCUGCAGGUGCUUGAGCUGGAGCUGGAGCAGCUGGGACUGCUGGUGCUGGAGCUGGAGCAGCUGGGACUGCUGGUGCUGGAGCUGGAGCAGCUGGGACUGCUGGUGCUGGAGCUGGAGCAGCUGGGACUGCUGGUGCUGGAGCUGGAGCAGCUGGGACUGCUGGUGCUUGAGCUGGAGCAGCUGGGACUGCUGGUGCUUGAACUGGAGCAGCUGGGACUGCUGGUGCUUGAACUGGAGCAGCUGGGACUGCUGGUGCU